AUGGAGCAAGCAGACAUCGUCUACCACGGCUUUCCAGACCGGAUGACCCCUGUCUCCAAACUUGGGACGAAAGUUUGCUUGGUUGGUAAUUGGACCUCGGGUCUGGAGGCGAUCAUGAAACGCUUCCCGCCUCGCUCCGACGCCUUGGUUUCUAACCUCUACGAAACCCCCUCACUCAUCGCUACUCUUGCAGACAAGCUUGCGAAUCGGAUGACGCCCGAUCGUGCAAUGCAAUUCACCUCAAGCGCCUGCACUGCCUUCUAUGAUUUGGAAAUAGGCUCUCAUCUCGUCCUCGAUGUCGCCGUCUCAGCUUUCCUCGUUCCUUCAAACGUCAAAAUGUACAUACACGCCGUUGCCCACGACUCGGAUGAGCGAUGA